GAGGAGGAGGAGGAAGACGACAAAGAGUUGCGCCUCUUUCUCCCGUGCCAACUGCACGCAGCCUUGCUAACAUAUGCUGCGAUGCGCAGCCCACUUUUUGGCACGAGGAGGAGGAUGAUGACGACGAUGAAGAAGAGGAGGAGGACGCGCGGUGAGCCUGUGCGGGAAAGCCCGGCGACGCCUGCAUCUUGGAUAUGAGACAAGGAAAAUGUCUUUCACGGGAAGAUGCUCAAAAGGAUGAAGAAGGUCCCGGAGGACUCGGCAAGACUUGGAGGCAUGACCUCCACGUGGUUGCCGCCGCUCCUCCUCCUCCUCGCAGCGCUCAGCGCAAGGUGUGUGUCAUCAGACUACGAGGAGGACUACGAGGACGCGACGGUCCAGCAGAUGUUAGCAUCCAAAUCUCAGCAGUCGGACGCCACAGAGAUCCUCAACGGGCUCCUCAAGGAGUACGACCGCAAGCUCAGGCCCGACAUUGGAGUGAAGCCAACGGUCAUCGACGUGGACAUAUUUGUCAACAGCAUCGGACCCGUGUCCUCCAUUAACAUGGAAUACCAAAUCGACAUCAUCUUCGCGCAGACGUGGACCGACAGUCGUCUGCGCUACAACAGCACCGUGAAGAUCUUGACGCUGAACAGCAACAUGUUGGGCCUCAUCUGGCUGCCCGACACCAUCUUCAGGAACUCCAAGAAUGCCGACGCCCACUGGAUCACCAUGCCCAAUCAGCUGCUCAGAAUAUGGAACGACGGCAAGAUACUUUACACUUUAAGGCUGACCAUAAAUGCGGAGUGCCAGCUGCAGCUUCACAACUUUCCCAUGGACCAACAUUCGUGUCCGCUCAUCUUCUCCAGCUACGGGUACCCUCAAGACGAGAUGGUCUACAAGUGGAGGAGGAACUCGGUGGAGGCGGCCGACCAAAGGUCCUGGCGCCUCUACCAGUUUGACUUCAUGGGCCUCAGGAACACCACAGACAUCAUCAAGACCACAGCAGGCGACUACGUGCUGAUGACGGUGUAUUUCGAGCUGAGGAGGCGCAUGGGCUACUUCACCAUCCAGACGUACAUCCCGUGCAUCCUCACCGUGGUGCUGUCCUGGGUCUCCUUCUGGAUCAAGAAGGACGCCACGCCCGCCAGGACCGCUCUGGAACUACUCGGUCCUGGACGUGCGGCGGCCCCCUCCUCACACGGUGGUGGCCCUGAACAUCUCGACGUAUUGGCAGGACUUGGACGACACGUGCGCCUCCCGCUGUCUGGACGGCAAAGACUGCGGCGCCUUCUUCUGUUGCUACGACGACUGCAAGGACGGCGCGUGGCGGAGGGGCCGCGUCCGCAUCGACCUGCUGGAGCUGGACGCCUACUCCAGGGUCUUUUUCCCCACCUCCUUCCUCCUGUUCAACGUGGUCUACUGGGUGGGGUAUCUCUACCUUUAGCGCCGCCUGAUGAUGACAUCACAGAGGAGCUGAAGACGGGCAUACACUGGGGCUAUGUUCGGAAUCCGUCCCCAGCCGCUAUACCGGUGGUUUUUCAACCUUUUACACCAAGUAGCAGGAAAAAAAACUUCUCCAAGUCACACCAUCACGAGCAACAUUAAAAUACAGCAGCAUCGUAGGUGUAUUCAUCAAAAACAAGACAGACGUUUUAGUCCUAAGAAGUACAGUGGAGCCUUGAAAUACGUGUUGAAUUCGUUCUGUGACCACCAUUGAUCUGAAAACCAGAUACAUCAGCGUGCUGUACAAGCCAGGCUAACCGCCGUGCCUAUGUGGCAGCCAUAUUGGGGAGGUCGAUGUUCCUAUCGAAGGCCAUGCAUGAAAUUGGAAUUAAGUCGUAAUUAUUACUUAUUUUUCAACCAAUUUUCAUGAGGUUUACUGUUUUGUCAACAUCAAAGUGUGUGCUAUCAAUACAGCAAAUUUGGGCAAAAAAGAAAACAAAUAUUUUUACCUGUAAAAGGGUUCUCCCAGUUCCAUUGUCAUAAAUGUACCACCUUGUACGCAACUGUAUGCAGCACAAUAUACAGGUGUAAGGUUUCGGGGAGGGUAGGGUUAGGUGGCGAUCCUGCGCCGUCCAGCCACGCUCGAACCCGCGCAUUCAAUACGUCACCAUUUGUAAGUCAAGUGUGCUGACAGCCAGCACCACAUCUACUGUUAGCGUAUAGGUAAAAAUAAGUUUCCAAGGUAAAUACCUAGCUAAAUUCCUAAAUAGCUAUAGUAGCCAUUAGCCUAAAAUGCCUUGCUAACACAUGAUUUUUGCUAAAAAUAAAUAAAAAAAUACGUUAAAUUCAAAUAGUAGCCGACUUAAAGUUCAACACCCUCCUGAGAACAUCCACUGGUAGCGUGUACAAAACGAAAGGUUAUCAGGGUAUAUAGUUAGCGGCGUUAACAACAAGCUAAUAGUAGCCAGUGCUUAAGAAUGUCUCACUAAUAUAUCAUUUAUAGUCGAAAUAAUUACAUUUCAAAUAUUACUUACCUGAGAGCAUCUACAGUUAACAUUUAUUAAAACACAAAAACGCGUGCUAGCUACAGGAAAUGGUUAGCAUUGAUUUACCGUGUAUGCCCAUCUUCAGACAGCAAAACAGCGAAGGCUCGUCAGCGAUGGUCAGACGUUACAAUCUGACGAAGGACAUUCAAACCGUUCUCAGUGCCUUUACGUCCUUUUUACACCACGUUAGAGAAAAAAAAUCCAGACCAGAAGGAAAUGUUUGCUUCAUGACGUGCAUCUGGCCUGGCUUCGUCACACCUUCGCGUCCGUAAAAGUCCGUCUUUUAACCGACUUUCAGCGAUCGUUGGGCCUACUUCACCAUUGUUCAUAAGAAUUCAAGAAUAUACAUGUUAAAAAAAUUUAUUAAGAAAACAACAAACGGCAUUUAGCAUUUUUUAUCAAAUGGUGAUUGCUCUAAAUUAUUUACAUGAAAUGAUAUUUAUGUACAGGAACAUUGCGGAAUAAAUGCUAUUCUCAUAAAUAAUCGGGGAAUCAUUAAUUAAUGAAUAAAAAUUCUAAUGUUCUAAAGUUUCCACAGUAGUUAUUAGUUUGGUAUACUUUCCAUGAUAUUUCAUGAUAUAGGUAUACCACGAGAUUAGGAAUAUUUUAGGAGACUGAUGAGGAAAUAUUUUAGUGGCUAAAGCUAAGAGAAACUAAAGCUCAUAUUCUCCUAUUAUUCCUGAUAAAUAGUAUAAUUUUUACAUACGUUGUGCGUUUACUAAUAUGUAUUGACUGAGGUAGUUUUCAGCAUUUUUGCUACAGUUGGGUUAGUUUUGCUGUGUCUUUUAAGACAAUAUAAACAAUAACAUACAAUAUAGAAGACUUAACCUGAUUUUGCUAGCUAGCUAAUAGUAGUUUUUAAUUUGUCAGAAUAAUAGUUCAAUCUUCAGCAUUCAACCUGCUGUUAUGAAGGUAAAUAGCUAGCUGAGUUGCUAAUAGCUGGUAGCCUAAAUGUCCUUGCUAACAUAUAAUUUUUGGUCAAAAUAUUAGUUUCAUGUAGUGCUUAAACUACUAUGUCUCCUGUUAGGGUGUACUUACACAACAAAGGGUUAGCGGAGUUGCUAACGUGUUAAUAGUAGUCAGUACCUUAAAAUGCCUCACUAACCAAAUCUUUAGGUAAAAAUAUUUAAGUUUCAUAUAGUACUUACCCGAGGACAUUUACUAUUAUCUUAUAUUUACAGUACAUAACGAGAUUAUCAAGGUAAAUGGGUAUCUAUGUUGCUAACUAGCUAAUAUUAGCUCAUGAACGUAAAAUGCAUCACAACAUAUUUUUGAAAUAUAUAUUUAAGUUUAAAAUAGUACACCCUAACAGCUACUGUUAGAUUGUAUGUACACAAUGUUAAGGUUAACUAGCAAAGUUGCAAACUAGCUGAUGGUAGCUGGUAGCCUGAAAUGCUUUGAAAACCAAGCUUUUUUGGGGGUCAAAAUAAGUUUCAAAUAGUAUUCAAGUUAAGUUCAACACCCAUUGUUAGUGUGUACUUACUUACACAAAAAGAGGUUAUCAAGGUAAAUAGCAAACUAAGUAGGUAAUAAUUGCUGGUAGCCUAAAAUGCCUCGCUAACAUCGAAACAAUAUUUAAGUGUAAAGUCUGAAUUUUUAAUUGUGGCGUACGUCGUGUGUUCAUCUUUAAUCAUACGACCGAACGAACAUACGAUAUCGUUUGAUUGUGGUGGAUUGUUUUAUUUAACUUUUCCUUCAAUGCAAUAAUGCCCCAUUGAUGCUAUAUGUUGCUAAUAAUUUACACACGCACGCACAUAAAUCAAUAUUCAGCUGCACCAUAGUAAGCCCCCAACAAGUUUAAGUAUUGUUUGUUCUUUUUUUUUUUUUUUUACAUUAGGUUAUGUUGUUAAUUCAAAUAAGAAAAUAUAUUUUUUACUUUUUUUAUAGAUUGUCAUUUCUUUGUACUUAUUAAUUAACAAUUGAUUAACAUUAUAUUGGUCAUAUUUAAAAGAUAAAUAAAUCUAGUGUGAAAAUAAACCAAAGACACUUCAUUAAUGCAAUGGUAGUUCAAAGUGCGUUGGUGCGUCGGUGGGAGUUUUGUGUUGUGAACGCUGGAACAAGCUAGUUAGCAUUGCUGUGGGAUGUUUGGGUUUUUUUUAAUGUGCAAGCGUUAUUUUUGUUUUCUUGAUUUAUUUUUAUUUUUUAUUUUUAUUGUCGCUGAAGGCAACGUGAUCCCAUGAGAAUUUAAUAGGAAAUCGUACAGAAAAGAAUUCUGCUUAUUUCGACAAAACAGGAAAGGUUGACUUUUCGUCCCAAAUCCUAAUCAAUUCUCGUGAGAAAAGGCUCGAAUCUGUGCGGGGACGCUUUAAUUUUGAAGCUCUCUGCUUUUUUUGUGCAUUUGCAUUCGUUUCAUAUGUGUGGCCUUUCCGCCUGCGUUGACGGCGUACCUCGGGUCAAACGUUGAAACUGUGCUAGCUGGUAUUAAAAAGCGAAGUAAGUAAAUGGGCUGCCAUUUUGUCACAGUCUCGAGGAGGCGGGGAGCCAAUUAGCAUCCGCUUUCUGUUUUAUCGCUUUCAUCUACGGGCGCCAUGCAUUUACUUGAUGAUUUUUCAAGUGUGAAAUACUGCGACGACUACGACAAUGUGGGGUAAUAAAGUUUUUUUAUGAGUGUAAUCAUUUGUCGUCAUUGUGUCUUGUGAACAAUAAACCGCGAUACAGAGGGUGAACGCUGCAACAAAAAACAAAGCAGCGUCUGUAUAAUUAACUAUAAGGCGAUUUAAUUAUAACCUACAACAAUAACCCGGUAAUUGUGGUUGUGUUAACGACCAUGCUGUCCAUUAUAUUGUGGAGGUGCAGAAUAAUGCGGUUUAAUGAGUUGGCAUUAGUGCUGGACUCUCGCAUGGACGUUCCUAGGCAACAGCACAAAGAAAGAUGAAGAGACUCCUCGAGGCUGACGUUCCAAAUGUUGACUGGGGUCAAGUGCUAUCAGAUUCCGGCACUGAUCAGGGUUCACACGUAUUUAAGAUUUCAAAAUUCCAGACUUUAUUUUUUGCUUUUCCUGUCUCUCAGCUCACAACUGCCGCCUUCCCCAUGUUGGAAAUGUCAAACCAGUCCAUACAAAAACUGCAUUUAGUUGAGUCUGUUUUGAAACCCUAACCCUGUUUUGAAAUCCUAAUUUGAAACCCUAACCUUGUCUUGAAACCCUAACCCGGUUUGAAACCCCUCAUUUGAAAACCUAACCUUCUCUUGAAACCCUAAUUUGUAACCCUAACCCCACUUUGAUGCCCUAACACCAUUUUAAAACCCUACUUUUAAACCCGAACCCUGUUUUUAAACCUUAAUUUGAAACCUUAACCUUGUCUUGAAACCCUAAAUUGAAACUCUAACCCUGUUUUAACCUUGUUUGAAACCGUAACCCCAUACAGAAGCCUGAAUUUGAAACCCUAACGCUGUUUUGAAACCUUACAUUGAAACCCUAAAGCUCUAUUUGAAACCUGACCUUGUCUUGAAACCCUGAUUUUAAAUUGUAAUUCUAAAAUAUUUUUAUACUAAAGGGCACAUUUUUAAAGA